UUGCAGAUUAAAAUAACUCAAAAUCAAAGAACCUUUUUUUUUUUUGUUUUAAACAAAGACCCUCAGGCCUCGAGUUGACGAAGACUUCAAGCUCUAUAUCAUUUCUCCUCUUCUGUUGUUGUUCUUGCGAGUCGACUACUGAGAAAACAACUGAUCAGAUCCAAGUUUCUGCUCGUAGAUCUCAAAUCAUCUUUGAAAGGGAGAGAAAAAAAUGUUGACUCUCAGGGUUGUAGGAGGGCUUGUCAUCGUUCUUCUUCUAAAGAAACUCUUCGACAAAAUAACUGAUGCUUCUGCAAAGGCUAAGAACGACGCAGGAACUUCAUCUGCCACACAAGAGUGCGUUCCCGAUUCCUCUUCACCGCUUCCCGCUUCUGGACAGAACGAGGCAGCAGCAUCAACUGCCACACAGGAGAGUGAUUCCCCUUCUUCUUCUUCACCGCUUCCCUCUUCUGGAAGGAACGACGCAGCAUCAUCAUCAUCUGCCACACAAGAGUGCGGUUCCUCUUCUUCUUCUUCAUCGCUUCCCACUUCUGGGUGGGAUUACGAGGUGUUCUUGAGCUUUAGAGGUAAGGACACCCGCACCAACUUCACCGACCACCUCUACAACGCUCUUCUCGGUAUUGGAAUCCGCACGUUCAGGGACAACGAAGAACUCCGAAUCGGACAAAAGAUCGAUGAGAAGCUUCGCUCUGCGAUCCACCAGUCCAAAAUCGCCAUUGUCAUCUUCUCAAAAGACUUUGCUUCCAGCAAAUGGUGCCUCGGUGAAGUUGCAGAGAUUGCGGAGUGCAUGAAAUUAGAGAGAGGCCAAAGAAAAAUGAGAGUGAUGCCCGUUUUCUACCAUGUAGAUCCAUCUGUCGUCCGAAACCAGACUCCUGGUAGCUCCUAUGGGAAUGCUUUUCAGGAGCACAAGAAUAAUUUCGACAAGGAUACCGUAGAGGUGUGGAAGAAGGCUCUGAAAGAGGUUGGUGGAUUGAAAGGAUGGGAUCUGAAGAAUUCUGCUUAUGGGUAUGAAGGGAAUUUAAUAAAAUUAAUUGUUCAAGAAGUUUGGAGCGAAUUAAUAAAAGGGCCCUUGACUAUUUCUGACGACAUAGUCGGAAUCCAUUCUCAUUUAGAAAAUAUGAUGGAGUUGCUAAACAUUGGAUCUAAUGAUAGACGGAUUGUGGGUAUUUGUGGCUUAGGUGGCAUUGGUAAGACAACAAUUUCUAGGUGUGUGUACAAUGCAAUAUAUUCUCACUUUCAAGGAUGUAGCUUUAUAGCAAAUGUUCGAGAAACUUUCGAAACAAGGGCAGCUGUUGUCCGUUUGCAAAGUCUACUUCUCACUAAUAUCUUGAACCUAAAGGAUCCAAACAUUGAUAGCAUUGAUCAAGGAAUUCAUGUGAUUAGGCAAAGAUUAUCCAAUAAGAAAGUUCUUAUUGUUCUUGAUGAUGUGGAUGGAAAUAUUGAUUUAAAAGAAAUAAUUGGGAAGCGUGAUUGGUUUGGUUUUGGAAGUAAGAUUAUUAUUACGACCAGGGAUAGCCACAUCUUAAGGCUUCUUGAAGUAGAUAGAAUUUAUGAGCCCAAUGAAAUGGAUUUAGAUCAGUCUCUUAAACUCUUCAGCAAACAUGCCUUCAAAAUGGAUGAACCUCCAAAAAAUUAUUUGGAUCUCUCAAAAAAAGUAGUAAAAACUACUGGAGGACUUCCUUUGGCUAUUGAGGUUAUAGGUUCAGCUUUAUUUGGCAGUGAAGAACCAGUAUGGAAUGACACAAUAAAGAAGUUAGCCAAAAUUCCACAUAAUCAAGUGCAGAAGAAGUUGAGAAUAAGUUAUGAUGGAUUAAUUCAUGAAGAGAAAGCUAUAUUUCUUGAUAUUGCUUGUUUCUUUAUUGGAAUGGAUAAGAAUAUUGCAUGUUACAUAUGGGAUGGCUGUGAAUUUUUCCCUGAAGUAGGAAUUGAAAUUCUUCGCCAAAAGUCAUUGAUUAAGAUUGGGGAAGAAAAUGAGUUAAUAAUGCAUGAUCAGCUAAGAGAUCUUGGAAGGGAAAUUGUUCGUCAAGAAAACCAUAAGAAAGUUGGGAAACGUAGUAGAUUGUGGUCGCAUGAGGACGUAUUGAAAGUGUUGACUACUCGAAAGGGAACUGGGAAAGUUGAAGGACUUUGUAUUACCUUCCGUGAUAAGGCAAAUAGCCAAUGUGUGUGGAGUGAAGGAUUUGAGGCAAUGACUGAGCUAAGGUUACUUCAGGUCGAUUAUGCAAAGGUCGCUGGUAACUUUAUGCAUUCUUUUUCAGAAGUGAGAUGGCUUAGUUUGAAAAGAUGCCCUAUACAAUUUACACAAACCAAUCUAGGGAAAUUGUGUGUUCUUGAUCUAUCAGAUAGUGACAUCACAGAAAGCUGGAUGGGUUGGAACUCUAUCAAGGAGGCAAAAUCUCUUAAAGUUCUGAACUUGAGUAGUUGUGCUGAGCUAUCCCGGACUCCAGACUUGUCAGAAAAUGAACAUUUGGAGGUAUUGGUUCUUGAAGACUGUAGAAAGUUGUCUACAAUUGAUGCAUCCAUUGGUCAUCUUAAGAGCUUGGUCAUAUUGAACAUGAAGGGCUGCAGUAGUGAAAUUCAACUCCCAACCAGCAUUUUUGAGUUAAGUUCUCUCAAAAAAGUUGACAUUGGAAAUGCUAGAAUCAGCCCGUUGCCAGAAAAGCUUGAUUCUUCUGCAAAGGUAAAGAAUGACACAGCAUCAUCUGCCACACAAGAGUUCGGUUCCUCUUCUGAAAAAAACGAGGCAGCAGCAUCAUCUGCCACAAAAGAGUGGGCUGCCACACAAGAGUUCGGUUCCUCUUCUGGAAAAAACGAGGCACCAGCAUCAUCUGCCACAGAAGAGUGGGUUUCCGAUUCCUCUUCUUCAUCGCUUCACACUUCUGGGUGGGAUUACGAGGUCUUUCUGAGCUUUAGAAGUGAGGACACUGGUUCCAACUUCACCGAUCUCCUCUACAAUGCCCUCCUCGAUAUAGGAAUCCACACGUUCAGGGAUCACGAAGAACUCCGAAUCGGAGAAAUGAUCAGUCCAGCGCUUCGCUCUACAAUCCACCAGUCCAAAAUCGCCAUUGUCAUCUUCUCAGAAGACUAUGCUUCCAGCAAAUGGUGCCUCGGUGAGCUUGCAGAGAUUGCGGAGUGCAUGAAAGUAAGGAGCCAAGACCAAAUAAGAGUGAUGCCCGUUUUCUACGAUGUAGAUCCAUCGGAAGUUCGAAACCAGACUGGUUCCUUUGGGAAUGCUUUUGUAGACCACGAGAAGAAUUUCAACCGAGAUACUGUAGAGGGGUGGAAGAAGGCUCUGAGGAAGGUUGGUCAAUUGGAAGGAUGGGAUCUGAAGAAUACUGCUGAUGGGUACGAAGGUAAAUUAAUACAAUUAAUUGUUCAACUAGUGACGUCUAAAUUAAGAAAUAGUCACUUGACUCUUCCUCACAACAUGGUCGGAAUGGAUGUUCAUAUAGAAAAUAUGAUGAAGUUGCUGGACGUUGGAUCUAAUGAUAGAAAAAUUGUGGGUAUUCAUGGUUUAGGUGGCAUUGGUAAGACAACAAUUGCCAAGUGUGUGUAUAAUACAAUCUAUCAUCAUUUUGAAGGAUAUAGCUUUAUAGCAGAUGUCCAAGAUACUUUCCAAAGAAAGGGAAUUGUCUAUUUGCAAAGUCUACUUCUCACUAAUAUCUUGAACCUAGAAAAUCCAAGCAUUGCCAGUGUUGAUCAAGGAAUUAAUAUGAUUAGGCAGAGAUUAUUCAACAAGAAAGUUCUUCUUGUUCUUGAUGAUGUGGAUGAAGUUAGAGACUUAAAUGCAAUAAUUGGGAAGUGUGAUUGGUUUGGUUUUGGAAGUAAGAUUAUUAUUACAACUAGAAAUAGACAUGUCUUAAAUGUUCUUGAAGUAGAUGGAAUUUAUGAGCCCAGUGAAAUGGAUUUAGAUCAGUCUCUAACCCUUUUCAGUAAACAUGCCUUUCGAAUGGACCGACCUCCAGAAAAUUUUUUGGGUCUUUCAAUGGAAGUGGUAAAAAUUGCUGCAGGACUUCCUUUGGCUCUUGAGGUUACAGGUUUAUCUUUACUUGGCAAAUCAAAACGAGAAUGGGAAACCACAGUGAAGAGGAUAACCGAAAUUCCAAAUUUCAAAGUGCUAUGUAGGUUGAAAAGAAGUUAUGAUCAAUUAAAUAAUGAAGAGAGAGAGUUGUUUCUUGAUAUUGCUUGUUUUUUUAUUGGAAUGGAUAAGAAUAUUGCAUGCUACAUAUGGGAUGGCUGUGGAUUUUUCCCUGAAGUAGGAAUUGAAAUUCUUCGUCGAAAGUCAUUUGUUAAGAUUGGUGAAGAAGAUGAGUUAACGAUGCAUGAUCUGCUAAGAGAUCUUGGAAGGCAAAUUAUUCGUCAAGAAAGCGUUGAGGUUGAGAACCGUAGUAGGUUGUGGUCGCAUGAGGACGUAUUGGAAGUGUUGACUACUCGAAAGGGAACUAGGGAAGUUAAAGGACUCUGUAUUACCUUCCAUGAUGGGUUAAAUAAUCAAUAUGUGAUGAGUGAAGGAUUUAAGGCAAUGACUGAACUAAGGUUACUACAGGUUGAUUAUGCCAAGGUUGCUGGAGACUUCAUACAUUCUUUUCCAGAACUGAGAUGGCUUAGUUGGAAAAGAUGCCCUAUACAAUUUACACCAAUCAAUCCAUGGAAAUUAUGUGUUCUUGAUCUGUCAGAUAGUGAAAUCACAGAGGACUGGAUGAUUUGGAACUAUAUCAAGGAGGCAAAAAAGCUUAAAGUUUUGAACUUGAGUAGUUGUGUUGAACUAUCCCGGAUUCCAGAUUUGUCAGAAAAUAAACAUUUGGAGGUUUUACUUCUUGAAGGUUGUAGAAAGUUGGCUACAAUUGAUGCAUCCAUUGGUCACCUUGAGUGGUUAGUCAAAUUAAACUUGAGUGGUUGUUAUGAACUAUCCCGAAUUACAGACUUGUCAAAAAAUUAUCAUUUGGAGGUAUUGCUUCUCAAGGACUGUAGAAAAUUGGCUACAAUUGGACGUAUUGGUCAUCUGAAGAAGUUAGUAAAAUUGAAUGUGAAUGGCUGCAGCAGUGAAUUGUAUCUCCCAGCCAGCAUUUUCGAGUUGAGUUCUCUCGAAACACUUGACAUUGGAAAUGCAAGAAUCAGCCAGUUGCCAGGAGCUGGAUCUUCUCUUCGGUCGCUCAUUUUCUAUCCAUGAUUGAUUACAUUGCCAGAAGAAAGGGAUGCUUGAUCAGAUCAUGGACCCAUAUCUGAAGGGAAGAUUGCACUGGAGUGCUUCAAGAAGUUUGCAGAGACAGCAGAGAAGUGUGUGGCAGAUCAGGGGAUACAAGGCUACUCUAGUGACUAACCAAUAUAAAUCUUCAAGCCUGAUUAAUAGAUGACUUGGAUGAGUAAAAAUGGUAUCAGCUCGAUCAUCGAAAUUUGGGACAAUGUGUUUAAACAUGGUACAUUCUCAGUACAUUGGUGACAGUGAAGGUGGAGAAAAUACCAUUAAUGGUUGCUAAAGGACAGAAGACAAGAAGAACGAAGAUUCUAUACCCACUGCAUAGCUCCAUGUUGUAGUUUCCUUUGGCAGAGUUGCUGCUGCUGUGUCUGCAAUUGCUACAGGUACAGCAGCAUUGUCAUGAUCUGGUGAGCGAAUGAUAAAGGCUAGCAGGUGAAGGUAUCUGCUCCUUAAUGGUAGGCCUCAGUGAAAAGAAGGCAGAGCAUGAGCACCUUGAAUCUGUGAUUAGCUCUGCUGUUAAGCUGAUGCUGAAGAUGAAGAAAAAAUACUAUGAGGACCGUCUUCAAACAGAAAGAAUAAGGUCCUCUCUGUCUCUCCCCAUUCUCUCAGUUGCUCCCUUCCCUUGUAGCCUCAUGCUAGUGUGAAUGAAGGAUGGUGUCUCACUCCAUUGAAGAUGGACGGCAACAAAUUCCAUCUUAUGCUGUUAAUUUAGGAGAAACCAAAAGGGACAGAAAGACCCGUAUACGGCUCUAUUAUGACUGCCAGAGAAAGAAAGAGAAAUGCCAAAAAGCUUGGAACCAAGUUGGUUGGAGACAUGAUAGGAGGAGAGAUGUUGGAACCCAAUGGAGAUAACAACCUUCAGUUUAUGUUGAACUUUAUCAUGGAGAAAUAAAUAAUUCUAUUUAAAGUAUGUUUAUAUUUAUUUGGUAAGAGAAUGAAAGAAAAAUCAGAAAAAAAAAAAAAAGGUUCUCUUGAGUGUUUGGUGGGUAUCAAGGCUAUAAAACUUGGAAUUGAGAAACUGAAUCAGGCCUAGUCCAUUUCAAUUUU